AUGUUUCGCUUCGGUCUGCACUGUGGAGGAGGAGGAGAGUCAUGGAAGAAGGGGGGGGGGGGGGGGGGGGGGGGGGUUAUGGAGGGGGGAGACCAACACCUGCCUUGUAACUGGCCCUGGACACUCCUUGGCUCGGUGCCACUGCAGUUCCACAACCCAAACCCAAACCCAGACCCAGUCCUCUCAGUCCUGUCAGUCCUCCAGAGGCAGCUCAGAGUCUGUGGAGCUCCUUCCUUCAGCAGUGAUGGUCCGAGUUCUCCUGGAGCUUGUGGAGAACAAAAGCCCGUCAUGAGUCAGUCCAGGACCUUCAGGGUCUUUCCACCUUCGGGGCCUCUCCAGCCUCUCCAAGGGCCCUUCGCUGUGUCGGUCACUCAAACUCAGCUGAUGGAGCCAAGCUAG